GCAAUCCUAGCAUAAAUGUCUGUAACAAGCCAAGCUCAAUAAUACGGACUUGGGAUGGCUCCUUCGCUUUUACUUGCGGCUUGCCUCCAAUGUCCUAUGGAUGCUGGGACAGAAUCAGCUAAGGUCUAGGCUCCCACAGCGACCUUCCUAGCCGGACGGCAUGCUGAGUCGUGUGUCGCUGAGCGCGUCGGCGAGGCAAGGGGCGUCACCUGGCUGGUCGUGGGUCGCUCUUGCUAUACUGGUGUCGAGCAUAUCUCAGGACACCUCAUGGGCUCGUCUGGUGCCCAGCGCUGGCGCUGCCUUACUGACAGCAGCGCUAAGCAGCUCACUGAAAUGGAUACCGCUGGGCGGCGUGGUGCCCCAGCAGGUUUUGCGACAGAUAUUGCUCUUUCUGGCAGUCAUCCUGGCGUCAGCCGGCACGACGGUGGCGGGCACCGAGCGUAUAUCGCACUUAGCAUUGACAUCCCUCUUCUGGACCGUCUCGCCAGCGGGCGUCGACGAGGGCUGUCACAGGGACCCUACAGGAAUCGCCAUGGCCGCGCAAGUGGUGCAAACAGCGGUUGUGUAUGGGAUGCAAGCAAAUUUUUCUAGCACAGCCGCGACCAGCGAUGGGUGCAGCGUGGCGUUCCUGUUCGCGGCGGUGCUGGUGGGCGUCGUCCUGCCGGCCCAGGCGCUUUCGGGCCGGCGCGCGGUUUACCGGCAGCUGGCGCAGGCGCAAGCAGCUGGCACCUGUGUGGCAACGCCCUUGGAAGCAAAGCAAGCAACCCAGCAGCUAGCAGUUGACGACAGGGCUGCACAACCCCCUGCAGGGGUGCCGCUAGGUUCCACCAGUUCUGGCGACACAACACAGCCACGCCAGCGUGCAGGGCCCCCGCCGCCCUCGCGAGCCGGCAGCGCCAAAGCGGUGCAUCCAGACGCGUUGGGAUGGGAUAGCUCGCGUCCUGCUAGCUCGUUUCCAGCCAUGCAGUCGGAUAUUCGCUCAAGUACGGACAGCGGCGGGUUCAGCGGGCUCAGCGAUGUGCCCGCUUGCGCAGCGGACUGCCCCGACCCCAGCAGGCCUGCGGCGCAAUCAACAGGGACACCGCGCUCGCCCUACGACAGCCCGCCAGCUACAAGAACGGAUCCUCAUGCGAUUCUCUUCAUUGCCAACCCCGCAGCGGUCCAGUCUUGCACCGUCAGCUGCCAGACGGACGACGAGCUGCUGGUGUGGCUGUUCACCGGCGGCAGCACGACACCCUCCGCCCCAGCCGACGACAUGCGCGAUGGCGAUCACGUGAGCGGCGGAGUCACAGGCGGAAUGGAGCUACGCGCCUCCGCCAGUGGCGACGCGUGCAGCCCCACGCGCCAUGGUGGCGAGUUCGGGCUGAUCGGCACUGCCAGGGAGGGCUGGGUGGCUUCAGCGUACAUCAAAGACGCUGGGCUGGGCGGCGGCGCAGUCGGGGACGCAAGUGGUCGCUCGGGCGGCAUAGGCAAGUAUGACAGCUUCACGUCCGUGUGGUCGCGGAGCGCGGCCAUGCACACGGCGCCGUACCGUCCACACACCGCAUUUGGCAGCGGUGGGAUUGGCAGCGGGGUUGGCGGCGGCGUCGGUGGGCUUGAAGGGGAGGCGGGGCCGCGCGGCACAUGGCUGGAGGAUGCCAACCUCAGCAAUGGAAGCCAGCAAGCAGGCAGCGCCCCGACCGGCACCGGGAAGGUAGCGCUGCCGGGCGCUGGCGCGUCCGGCGGCAGCGCUGCGGGCCCCUCUGCGGGCUAUGCAGCUGUGUCCCGGCGGCGCUCCUCGGGUGCAAAUCCGGGUCAGCCGCCCGCCCUACCUGGCAGGCUCGCAUCAGAGCCGGGUCCAUCCAGCUCACAGCCACACAGCCACUUGCCGGCAUCAGGUUCCGGGGUGCCGUCGGGCCCCCCGGCUGCAGCGCAGCGCGGGCGCGGCAACAGCCGCAGCGGAUGCGCAGGUGCCAGCGGCGUCCGCAGUAGCAGCGGCAUUAGCUCGGGGCAGCUGAUCCUGCCAGGACUGGCUGGCCUGCUGGGCACGUUGGCGGACGCAGCCGCUAAUCCCCAAUCACAACGGUCACGACGCGGAGCAUCACGCAGCAGCUCCCAGCUGCCCGCGUCGCUGGUGUGGGCUGCGGCAAAGCCAGAGACUGGCGACGAGCCUGGGACGAGCGGCACUACCACGCCAGCGGGUGCUAGCGGCAUGACUGCUGGUUCGGCUGGGGCUGGGGCUGGGGCUGCGGCGGUGGCGAGCCGCUCGCUGGCUCUGCGGCAGCGGCUGCAGCAGCGCUCGCGGACAUUCUCGGAGCUGUCGCCGCAGCGCAGCCUGGCACUGGUGGAGCUGGCUGUCAGUGGGGCGGGCGCGCCGCUUGUGCUGCCGCCGGCCCAUGCGGACAAGCUGCUUCCACUCACUGGCCGCGGCGGCGUGAACGUCACUGGGCCGCGGGUAGAGGUUCCCUCGCCCUACAGCGAGGACAGUGCGGAGGAGGAUGAGUCGGUGCGGCGGCUGCGGACCCUCCGGUCCAUGCGCCGCCACCACCCCGAGCUGGCGGCCUCGCUGGACCGCUUCGCGACGGUGCUCCUGCGCCAGGCCGCGGCUGCAGGCACAGCAACAGCAGCGGCAGGAGUGGGGUUGCGGCCGUUGGCACCGCACGGCUCUGGCAGGCUGCUGCAAGAACCGCGGCGGGCACCCGACGGGUCAGCGGCGCUUGAGACGAGCGCAGCGCCUGCGCAUGCAGAGGGGCAGCUCACCAAGGCGGCCGCGGGUGUUUCGGACGUGCGUCGGCGACAAGGCGGCCCUGUGCGUCGGACGCAGAGCUACUCGUCGCUGGAGGCCAUGGCUCAGCAGCGCGACCACAAGUCGCUCGCGGGCGGCGCCGCCGCCGCCUCCCCGCUUCUGCGCACCGUGUUGGAAAAUGGCAGCAUGCACGGCUCCGGUUCAAUGGCUGCGGCAGAGGAGCUGCGGCAGGCUCCGGCGGAGCGGGGUACUGCUGUGGCGGCACUCACGCGACCGCCCGCUGCUGCCACGAGGACGCCAACGGGAACGCCGGAAAUGAUGCAGGCCGUGGGCUCAGCGUACGCCGUGCCAGGCCCCGCAGGGCCCGCCUGCUCCGCGCCCACCACUGGACCGCCCUCCUUUGAGGUCAUGUUCCUAGAUGCGGAGGCUGCAGCAGCGGAGGCGACGUCUUCAGGCGCACUGGCAGCAGCGGGUGGCAGUGCCGGCGCAGGUGGCGGCAACGGACUUGACAGCAGCGGCAGUCGCCGCUGGUCCAUCACAUCCGGCGGCUCCGCCAUAACCAUUACGGGCGCGCUAAACUCCGGGCGGGUGGCUAGCUGCCGCAGCAGCACGGACGUGUUGCGGGCGGAAACGCACGGGCCGGGCAGCGCCAAGAGGAGGGGCACCGAGGGUUUCAAUGCCACCAGCAGCUCUGCAGCUUUAGGUUUCGGCGGAAUUCGGUCCGGGCCCAGUAGCGGCGAAGGUUCGGCCAUCGGUUUUGUUGUGGACGCACGCGGGAGUAGCGGCAGCGGCCGCGUAGCCGCCGUGGGGCCUGCACUCGAGUUGGCAUUGGGCUCGUCGGACGCCGCCUGUGCGGCUCACAUGGACCCGGCUCAGUACCGCCAGCGCUACGCCGCGGCCGCCAGGGGCGGUGCUGGCAUGAGUGGGCGCCAGUCCGAGGCAUCCGGUGGCGCGUCGGAGCUCGCGCUCACUUGGCAGGCGAUCAUGGGCGCACGCCGCUGCAACGGCUCUGUGCAACGGUCUCGAUCCGCCGGCGAGGCCAGCUUCAGGCCUGCCGGUGUGGGCAGGCGCAGCGGCGCAGGCAGUGCUGGCGACGACGGAAGCGGCAGAGGCGAGGCGGAGGAGCGGCAGCAGCAGCAGCAGCAGCAGCAGCAGCAGCAGCAGCGCCACCAGGUGCUGCAGCACCACCACCACUGGCACUGCUCGCGCCAGCAGCUCCCACACCAGGAGCACCGCCGGGCCGCGCUGGUACAGGCGUGGCAGGCUGUGCUGGCGGAAACCGGACCUCCAAGCGGCCGGCACGCCGCCGGCAGCGGUCGCAUCGCCCCGCACCCGCUGUCGGCCAGUGGCGAGCUUGCCGCCUGUGGGGUGGCCAGCCGCGCGUCCACCGGCAGCGGCUUUGUCCGAUGUGACAGCGGCGCGGGCCAGCGCCACGAGCCGUCGUUGGCCGAGCUGGCAGGCCUGGACGCGGAGGCCCUGGCUCCGGCCGGGCCCACAGCGCCGGCACUGCUGCCCAGUGCCCCCGGCGGCAGCAGGGGCGAGGUGGGCACGCGCAGCACGCUCAGCCUGUCCGGUGACGGCGGUGACCCCGACAGCGCGACACCUUCCGGCAGCGACUCGCCAGCAGCUGCUGCGCUGCGGGGCAGCGGCGCUGCGGCCGGAGCAGCGGCGUACAAGGCGGUCCACGGUGCCAGGCCCACUCCCGCCACCCGCACCAACGCUGGCGGAGCGCACGCCGCUGCGCACACCGCCGCGGGCAGUAGCCACGAUGACCGCAGCGCGCGGCUAAGCAAGAGCCUCAGCGAGCGCUCCCUGGCGCGCGUUGUCACCACCACCACCACCGGCAGCACCUCGCACUAUCGCCGCGUGUCGCGGACUAAGAGCCGCUUCGCACUGCUGCAGCAGGCGGAGCCCGGCGAGGGCGGGGCCGACGCCCUGUCGCGGCACCCCGUGCACCGCCUGGUGCGGAACUCCUCGGGCGGCUCGCUGGGCAGCCGGCAACUGGCGGACGUAAAGGAGGAGGAUGACGAGCUCAUGGCGGCGGAGAAGGAGGCGGCGCUGGCGGCGGCGGCGACGGCGCGUGCCAGUGCCGACGGCCGGAGGCCCAGUGCCGACGACCUGUCCGCGGUGGUGGAGCUUGCGCGGCGAAGCCGCAGCAGCAACGCUGGCCGGGACAGCACAAGCACCAACGGCGGCAUCAACAGCGUAGGUGGCGCGGGCGCCGGCGGCGGCCGCGCGAGCAGCAGCGGCAGCGGCGGUAUUCUAAAGCUGGGCAACCUGUCGUCGCCGGGCUGCCUGGAGUGUGAGCAGCUGCAGCCUGUGCCGGAGCAGUUGGAAAGCGCUGGCGGCAGCGGCCGCUUUAGCGCAGGCCCGCGCUUGAGCGCAAGAGGUGCAGGCCGCUCAGCGCGCGUGUCGGGCGCUGACAAUGGGCUUGAUGCGGCAGCGCUCGCGGGCGCCGUGCAUGACGGCGAGGACCACUGUGCGGGCUCACCCGUUGUUGGCGUCAGCGCCGCCGGGACGCGGCGCCGCUCCGCCUGGCGCUCCGCGUCGGAGCUAUCUCUUGCGGGCCUGCGCUUUAGCGGCGGCCCCGGACCGCGUGUCAGCACCGCCUCCCGUGACGCCGAGGACCUGGCGCUGGAGCUCAGCCGCAUGUCGGCGGAGUCGGCGGCGUCGGCCGCCGCCCGCGCAGCCCUGCUCGCGGCGGGCGGGAGCGCAGGCGGCGUCGUGUCCAGCGGCGCCCUGGUGGUGCGCGGCCAGAGCACUGGCAGCAACGGCUCCGUGGGCUCGCAGAAGCGCCGGGCGGCUCAGGCAAGGGCUUGCAGCUCUUCGCAGUCGGGCAGGCGGCCAGUCGUUGCCGUGGCCGCUGCUGCGAGUGAGUCUGGGCGGCCGCGGCUGGGUGAUGACAGCAUGAGCGGCCGUGAUCCAGCUACGAACCCAGACAGCCUGGUGCCGAACGGCAGCGUCCGGGUGGCGAGCGUCUCUGCGGGUGUUGGCGGCGGCAUUGAAGGCGACGACGGCAACGUGGACCCAUGUCGUGCCGCCGCCGCGGCAGCCGCCGCUGACGCUGCAGCUGGCGAGCUGGGCAUGCUGGAGUCCAGUGACAGCGACCAGGAGCUGCUAGAGGUGCUGGCGGCGGAGACACGGGCCAAGAACGCACGCGACGCGGUCGCCAGCCCGCUGGCGCGCAUCCGGCAGAACGCGGGCGUCCCUGGCAAAGUGGCGAGCUUCCGCUUCGCGGCGCCCAUCGUGCCGCCGGCAGGAGGCAGUGCCAACAGCACUUCCGCGGGUGGCGCCGUGUCCAACGCCAACAAUGCUGGGUCUGGCAGCGCCUCACCGUUCCAGACGGCGGGUGCCGGCGGGCACUCUGGCGAGGCAGCGGCCACGGGGGCAGCGGAUGACAUCCCCAUUCCGCCGCUGGCGGCACCGGUGGUGCCCGAGCGGGAGUUGGUAGCGGCAGAGCACCAGCGCCAGCACCAGCACCAUAGCCACCGCGACCUCCACACACACUCGGGUGGUGGCAGCACCACCUCCAACGCUGCAGCCGCCGCGGCCUCAAGCGCGGCGUCCAGCGCCUCACAGCCGGGCGCCACGGGGACUGCGCCCGCGCCGCUUUCUGCCGUCAACCUGCACGAGCACACGCGGCGCUGGGAUGCUGCGGCGCCCGCCUCGAACCCCGCCGCCAUCGUAGCGCAGCUGACCAGCCCCUCGCCCAGCCAGUCGGGGCCCAUCGAUCCACUCAGCGAGCCUGAGGGCGCCGGCAUGUCGGGCUGCGCGCUGGCCUCCGCCGCCGCGCUGCUGCAGUCCGCGCUCGAGUCCACCGCCGGCGUGGCCAAUGCACAUGCCGGCGGUGGCGAGGCCGGCCGCGGUGGCAUAGGCGUAGGCGCAGUGGGUGCUGGUGACGCGAGCCAUGCGGGCGCCGGCAACAACGCGGCUGGUGGCGCUGCCGCACAGGGAUCGCCGCCGCACGGCCGCAACCUGCAGACGCCGAUCCCCAAGGCGCUGGUGGUGGCGCGGCUGUCGAUGCCGCUCGCGCCGUACGGCAACAGCGACACCACGGCACUGCUGGCGGCGGCGGUGGCUGGCGGUGGCAGCGGUGCGCUCGCCCGCGGCCUCAGCCGCCAGGCCAGCGCCACAACGGUCGGCGGCGUGAGCGUCAGCGCCAGCAGCGACGGCCACCAGUCGCAGGGCCCCGACCUGGGGUUGGCGUACCUGCCGCCCAGCACCUGCUACAGCCAGACCGGCAUGGGCGCCGGCACCGGUGACGACAGCACCGCCUCUCGCAGCAUUGAGCAGCCGCCCACCAACGCCACCUACAUCUCCAACCUGUCACGCACGCCCUCACACAUGGCGCAUUGCGUCACCACCAUCUUUGGUGGCACCCAGGUUGGCGGCGGCGGCCCGGCACGCAGCAUCAUCGCGUGCGUCAACAGUGGCGGCGGGGUCGGCAUGUACGCUGGCGGCGGCGGUCGCGGCGGGCUGCCGUCCAUGGUGCGCGGUCAGUCCAACCUGGGCGGCGGCGCGGGCGGCGGCGGCAUGUCGGGCGGGGACACGGUGGAGGCGGAGGUGGAGGAGGCGGUGCUGGCCAACCGGCGGCUGCAGGAUGAGCGGGCGGUGCUGAUGGACGAAAUCAACAUCGACAAGAUCCUGGGUUUCGGCAGCAUGGGCAUGGUGUACCACGGCCGCCUAUACGACACCAAGGUUGUCAUCAAGCUGAUUGAGCACGGCACGGGCGUGCUGGGGAAGGAGAAGGAGCGCGGCCGCCUGGCGCGCGUAGAGGCAUGCGUGUCGCGCAUGCUGCUGCACCCCAACAUUGUUCUCACCUACGACGCCUGCACCGGGCGCCUGCAGCCGGGGCGCCUGGCGGCCAAGCUGGGCCGCGGUGGCGGCGGCAUGGGCGGCAGCUCGCGCGGCGGCGGCGGGCGGCAGCGCUUCAUGACGGUCAUGGUGCAGGAGUUCUGCGAGCUGGGCACACUGCGCGACGCCAUCAACCGGCGCAAGCAUGGGCUGGCGGGCUCCGGUCCUGAGUCUGCGGCGCUGUUGUACCGCGUGGCUCUGGACAUCGCCAACGGCAUGAAGCACCUGGCGGCGCUGCGGGUCAUACACGCCGACCUCAAGGCCGAGAACGUGCUGCUGCAGCGAGCAGACGUCACGCCCGACCGCCCGCACGGCUUCGUGGCCAAGGUUGCGGACUUUGGUCUGGCCAUGGUUCUGCCUCCCGGCGAGGACGGCCUGAAGCAGGGCAUCCACGGCACCGUGUCGCACAUGCCGCCCGAGGCCAUGCGCGACACGGUGUUCAGCCUGGCCACUGACGUGUUCAGCUUUGGCGUGGUGCUGUGGGAGCUGUACACAGGGGAGUCGCCGUACCGGGGCAUGGCGCCGCACGAGGUGGUGGAGGCGGUGUGUGCGCGUGGCGAGCGGCCCGCGUGGCCCGACGGCGUGCCGCCCGAGCUGUCGGCCCUGGCGGAGGACUGCUGGCACACGGACCCUGACUACCGGCCCACAUUCGGCGAGGUCGUGGAGCGACUGCGCGGCCUGCUGGCGCCCGCACGCGGCGCGCCCGAGCGCUGCCCCAGCAUGCUGAGCGGCAUGACCGAGGAAAGCGACGAGCUGGAGGCCGCACUGCGUCAGCAGCGCCGCGGCGCGCCCGCGCCCUCCGUCCGCUGCCCCACCUCGGGCGGCAUGGCCGGCGUCGGGGGCCCCAGUGGUGUCCUCACCAGCCGCGGGACGCCCUCCGAGGCCGGCUCCGACAUGGGGUUUCAGGCCGGCGGCGACACCGGCGCCAGCGGACAACGCGGCGGCGCCGCCGCCAGUGGCAUCCCGACCGCCGACAGCGGCAACGCGCGCGGCAGUGGCUUUGACGGCGCGAACGCGGGUGUGCCGCGCGAGGCGCCGCGCGACCCGCUGGGCCUGCUGCUGUGGGCGCUGUGCCAGUUCCCUGCGGAGGAGCCAGUUCGCCUGGAGGACGCCAACGGCCCCGACACCGUGCAGUGGGUCAUGCAGGUCGAGAACAUGGUGCUGCGCUCGCGCGAGGAGGUCGGCCCCAGCCGUUCACUGCACUCGAUGACCGCAUCCAUGGCGGGUGCACCGCCCAGUGUGGUGAUAGAGCAGCACCCGUAGAGGGAGCGGAGUGGGAGUGGCAUGCAGUAGAGCAGCAUCCGUAGAGGGAGCGGAGUGGGGUUGGCAUGCAGUGAGGGAGCUGAUUAUCAGGUGGCUGCAGCAACAUGAGGGCAGCUAUAGGAAGGAGGUCCGGAUCAAUCCCCAGAUACGCUGAUUGUACUUACACGGGCGGGACCUUCUUCGGAUGUUCAUCAUUGCAUGGAUGCUGUUUGGCUGCUACUUCGGGGAUUUGUGUCCUGGGGUUACUGGACGCUGCCAGCAGGCACUGCCCAGUAUGUGGCUUGAGCACUAGCGGUGAUGUGCGUGGGCUUGCGCUUGUGAACUGACACGGGUGUGCUUGGGUAUGGUAUACGGAUGCCCAAGACUGGGACGCAUGGGACUGACACGUGUUUUUUUGGCUUAGGGCAACAUGGUGCUGACAUCAACAAGACGGGGAUUCACAAGAGCUUUCGGUCAAUGCACACUUGCGGGGGUCGGGCUGCGCGUCUAACUCUCAUUACUCAUCAGGCUUGCUUUCAGAAGCGUUGCAAUGUGAAGCCCUGCGGUUGAAUUGCUAAAUAUUAGUUGAACGGAAUCGUGUGGUGGGCUUUGGUGUUCCGGUGGGAGUAGAUGCCCAUGGGCACCGGAUUGCCUGCGGAGCCGGAGUAGUGACACUCAGCGCCGCGCGUGCUGUUUGGGGGUGUGUGCGUGACUGUGGGCAGAAGUGAACGGCUUAUGAAUCGUGACGCGCAGGUGGCUGGAGCGGAUCAUGAGCAAGGCACAGGCCUUCAUGUCACAGGCUUGCGUUUUGAGCCAUCAAGGAGCGCCAAGAGAGUGCCCCUGAGCGUGGAGCAUUCACAUUACUUGAAAAUGGUGGCUACAACGCCGUUGUCCCCACGAGCCGCCAGGCCAGUCAGUGCUGUGCGUUGGAGUGGUUUAUGUGCAUGGGGAACCGCGCGCAGCUUCCAAGGCUCACAAGAGUAAUUGUGUUUUGGCACAUGGGCCGGAAGCACGUGGAGUUGGAGGCCAGGCUAACCCACUGAACGCUUGAGGUGUAUGGCCGGGCUGAGGGAGGUCGAGGGCUCAAUGGCCUGACGUUGGGUACGUGCAGUCGGUGCCAGGAUUGGGUGUUGUCAACCCGUUGGUCUGUGCUGGAGAGCUGAGUCGGUACCGAGUGUUUCCACUGCUCGGUGCAGCAGUACUGAAGUAGAGUUCUCCGGUGCGCGUGCGCGUGUAAAAGUGAUCAGAAUUUGCAGUCUUAAUUCAUCCUGAAGUGAGUAUCGGUUAUCAUCUGGAGAAACGCACGGAUACGCGGGACAAUAGUGCGGCCUCCUUGUUAGUUUGGGGUCGUGGCGGCGUGAAGAGUGGGCAUGAGUGAGCGGCGGCCUGUGCGCCGUGCCUGUGCGCCCAGCCGCGCACAUCAUGUGGUCGGAUGGGCAGAAGGGGGGCGCCUGUGUUGGCGCGCUGCAUACCGUGACGGCGACGGCACACCCCCCACGUGCCUGACGUGGGGAGAUGCUUUAGGACUAACAAUGCGAAGAAGGGCGCUAGUGCAACAGGAACAUGUAUCGUACAAUUCU